AUGCUAUACAAGUGCAGCUGGAGGAGUUAUUGCGUCCAUUUUUUCUGGAUUGGCUUAGUUGAUCAAGUUGGCCUCCAUACAAAAGGGACGACGUUGAACCUCUCUGCUCUUCCGGUUGCUAUUGGUCUGUAUGGUUUUUGCUACUCGGGACAUGCUGUCUUUCCCAAUAUCUAUACAUCAAUGGAAAAACGGAGCUUGUUCCCUGCAGUCCUUCUAGCAAGUUUUGGGAUUUGCACUCUGAUGUACGCUGGAGUUGCUGGUAUGGGAUAUACAAUGUUCGGAGAAACAACACAAUCACAGUUCACUCACAACAUGCCUAAAGAUUUGGUUGCGUCUAAAAUUGUUGUUUGGACAACGGUGGUGAAUCCAUUUACCAAAUAUCCUUUCUCUGUUUCAACGGCAAUAAUUUGCCUUCUCGUGGCACUUUCUUAA